AUGGGAACCUAUGGGAUGUGAUUCAUCUGUUCUACUCUAUCUAGAUUUUGUUCUUUAAAUUUAAUCUGAUUAUUCUCGAACUCUUGUCAUAUAAUACAUAUACGUUUGAUUGUACGUGUACUUUCGAUAUAAUUUCAAUUUUCAGCAGAAGAAGCAUUCUUUCGGAUAAUCUCUGGCGAGAAAUAAUACAAGAGGAAGAGACGCAAAAAUUAUACGAAAAUGUAAUCUCAUUUUUCAAACACGAAAGUUGUUUGGCCAUUGAUUUAGCAGAAGAAUGGAAAACGAAUGGCACGACGAAAGUUGAAGUCUUUCUUGACCUAGAUCUAGACUUUUCAAUAACGAUCUCCAUUGCAGGCAGUUGUACACGUAUGUACGUAUGUACAUCACAGGCGUCGUGUGCAAGCGUACAAGCAGGAGCGUUAUGUCGCAGCUGCAGCUGCCUGCAGGAGCGGAACACUGGGCUUUGGGGAUGGCAACGGUUGUGCACCACCUGGCCUUAG